GCGGGCGGGGCGGCGGGCGCGGGCCCUCAGACCUCCUCCGCCGCCUCCGCCUGGGCCGUGGGCCCGCAGGCGCCGGCGCGGAGCCCAUGAAGGCGCGGGCGGGCGGCGCAGUCCUGCCGGGGCGCCGGGAGCCGGAGCCGGCGCGGCCUGAGCGGGGAGCCCGCGGCGGGAGUCAUGGCGGAGGAGCGCGCGGCCGUGCGGGCCGCCGGCGGAAGCGGGCAAGAAGGCUUUGGCCGACCAAGUGUGUACCAUGCUGCAAUUGUAAUUUUCCUUGAAUUCUUUGCUUGGGGCCUGUUGACAACUCCAAUGCUAACUGUUCUACAUGAAACAUUUCCUCAACACACAUUCCUCAUGAAUGGUCUCAUUCAAGGUGUAAAGGGCCUGCUCUCCUUCCUGAGUGCCCCGCUCAUCGGCGCCCUGUCCGACGUGUGGGGGCGGAAGCCCUUCCUCCUGGGCACCGUCUUCUUCACCUGCUUCCCCAUCCCCCUGAUGACCGUCAGCCCGUGGUGGUAUUUUGCAAUGAUUUCUGUAUCUGGAGUCUUCUCAGUCACAUUUUCUGUGAUAUUUGCCUAUGUAGCUGAUGUCACUCAGGAGCAUGAGCGAAGUACUGCUUAUGGAUGGGUCUCAGCCACCUUUGCAGCCAGUCUGGUCAGCAGCCCAGCCAUUGGAGCGUACCUCUCAGCGAGCUACGGAGACAGCCUCGUUGUGCUGGUGGCCACGGUGGUGGCUCUUCUGGACAUCUGCUUCAUCCUAUUGGCUGUUCCAGAAUCCUUGCCAGAGAAAAUGAGACCACUCUCCUGGGGAGCUCAGGUUUCUUGGAAACAAGCAGAUCCUUUUGCGCCCCUGAAGAAAGUUGGAAAAGAUCCUACCGUGCUACUCAUCUGCAUCACUGUGUUUCUUUCUUACCUUCCUGAAGCUGGGCAGUACUCAAGUUUUUUUCUCUACCUCAGACAGAUCAUAGGGUUUGGAUCUGUUAAAAUUGCAGAGUUCAUAGCUGUGCUGGGAAUUCUGUCUAUUGUGGCUCAGACAGCCCUGCUCCCCGUCGCCAUGCGGUCGCUGGGGAAGAAGAAGACGGUGCUCCUGGGCCUGGGCCUGCAGGGGCUCCAGCUGGCCUGGUACGGGCUCGGAUCGCAGGCCUGGAUGGUGUGGGCUGCAGGAGCCGUGGCUGCCGCGUCCAGCAUCACCUUCCCGGCCAUCAGUGCCCUGGUGUCUCAGAACGCGGAGUCCGACCAGCAAGGAGUUGCCCAGGGGAUCAUAACUGGAAUCCGAGGACUGUGUAACGGCCUUGGGCCGGCGCUGUACGGCCUCAUAUUCUACAUGUUCCACGUGGAGCUGACGGACGUGGAACCGAAACCGAGUCCUCCCAGUGCUGCUUCGCAGGGAGCCCUCAUCCCAGGCCCGCCGUUUUUAUUUGGGGCGUGCUUAGUUCUUUUCUCUUUCCUGGUGGCCUUAUUCAUCCCUGAAUGCAGUCACGGGGCUGAGAAACAUAGCAGCAGCCUCAGCGGCACCGUCACCGACACGCCGGAGCGCGACAGCGACGAGGACAUGGAGCCCCUGCUGCCGGGCGGCCGCGCCUGGGGCCUGUCGCCCUGCGGGGAGCCGGUGGGCCAGUGCACCGAGCUGUGAGCGCAGCGGGCGCCGGGGGCCCGGUGCUGGAGGGGAGAUGAGUGGCCCCUUUAGGGCCACGUGUGAUAAGUAACCCUCUGCCCCCCCUUCCUCCUCUUCCUCCUCUUCCAUUCCUUUCCUUUCAGGUUGUGCAUUGGAACAAGUUAGGGUUUGAAAUACGUUGCUGCAAAUAGUACGCAGCUCUCAGAGUUAUCUGGAGUUCCGGCUUUUUCCUCUCUCACCUCCAGGGCCGAGGGCAGCAGCCCCAGGUCCUGCUCCGUAGAAGCUGCAGGACUGCGUCUCUGGCCAGAUUCACGGUGCAGAACCCUCCGCCUUCCUCGUCCUGCUUCUCUGGAAAGUGCCACGGGGCCCACAGGUGUGAGGAGCGGGCGCCUCCGGAGCCACUCAGCACGGGGACCUGCUGCCUUUGUUCUCAGGUCACAGCCGGGCUUACUGCCCUGCUCUCGCCUCCGCUUCACGUUCGUGGCUAGAAUGAGACCCAGCACACACACGGGGUGUUCAUGAUACUGACCGUGGUGUCCUUCACCGUGAAGAGAAUUUUUCCUACGAGUUUAAAUAUGAAGAAAUAGCAAUUCAGAUUCCUUCACCUAGUGUCUUGGUGGAUUCAAGGCGAUUUUACAGAAGAAACACACACCACGCGUUCUGGAGCGGCCCCGAGCGAGAGGUGCUUCUGCAGGUGUUCAGCGGCAGCUUUCCUAGGGAGUGGGGGCCCCGGGCCGGGAGGGACCCCGUGCCGGGAGGGGCCCCGGGCCGGGAGGGACCGCCGUGCCGGGAGGGGCCCCGGGCCGGGAGGGACCGCUGUACCGGGAGGGGACCCGUGCCGGGAGGGACCCCGGGCCGGGAGGGACCGCCAGGCCGGGAGGGACCCCGGGCCGGGAGGGACCCCGUGCCGGGAGGGGACCCCGUGCCGGGAGGGGACCCCGUGCCGGGAGGGGCCCCGGGCCGGGAGGGACCCCGUGCCGGGAGGGAUCCCGUGCCGGGAGGGACUGCCGUGUCGGGAGGGACCCCGGGCCGGGAGGGGCCCCGGGCCGGACCCUCGCAGACUCGGCCGCAGGACUGUUAGUUCCUCCCACGCCCGUCCUUGCCUCAGUCAUCACCUCUGCCGUCACUGCUCUGUAAGUGGCUGUUCUCAGCAGGUCUCUCUCCCCUGUGUGUCUGACAUUGAAUCCCAUGGGAAUAUGCACAUCGAGUUCUUCCUACAAUAUGAUGGUUUAGGAAACUGUUUCACAGUGUCUUGCUAAUUUUUCAAGAUGUUUUACAGACAAAACUACAGAUUUACAUGCAUUUUGCACCAUGAACCCUUCGCUAGGCCCACCUUGAACAGAGUCCUGUGAAGGGUUUGUAGGUUUGAGAUCUAUGUACAUCUUUUUUGAGGGGUUUAAAUUUUUUUGAUGGAGUGCUGUGCAAAUCUAGUAUUUAUAAAUGUAAUGAAGGUAUUGACAAAUAUAUAUGUAACUUUUAUAAAAGAUUAUGUACUGCUUGAAUACAUUUAAAAGAAAAUAUAUUUUGAAAUCUGUUCUACUAUGAACAAAAAUGACAUCUCUUUUUAUUAUGCUGUUGGUUUUAAGUUAAGCUUCCUAAUGCACAAUAAAUUUGUACUGGGUA